ACCCACUGCACCGUGGUGUGUUUCAUGGAAGUGUUUGUUGCAUGAAGUUUGCUCGGCGGUGCAGUGUUAAGAGUCUCUGCAUUGAUAACAGCGUUAACCUGUGCUGCAGCUCACUCAUCUGACCUGGCAUGACAAACAGUCAACACGGCAAGUGGACCAUCUCCAGCAGUGAUGAUGAUGAUGAUGAGGCUCUUCCUCCUUCCGGGACUACAAUAUCUAAGCCCCACCAGCCUGCUGUAUCCAGUCACAGCCCACGUCGGUCUGCCUCUACCCCCAGCCCCAAACUGGAACCAGUAUCAGCCUCUGUUGAGGUGAAACCAGAACCAGCUAAACCCCCUGUAUCCUCACUUGUCGUUGGCUCUGAGGCCCGGCAGUCAGCUGCAAAGAACCAGGUGAAUCCAGUAAAGUAUGAAACUAGUCCUUCAUUGGCUGGAAAGCGUAAGAAAGAGGUGUCAGAAGGUUCAGGCUGGGCUCUGUCAGAUAGCGAUGAAGAUGAUGGAGAUGUGAAGGGGAAGAGUCUCAGUAACUUACCAAAGAGGGCGCCUCCGAGUCCCAAAACAAAGAAACCGAAGGUGGAGAACGAGCGUCCUCCCAGUCCCCACGGCCGAGUCUACUAUAUCGACGAACCAGAGGACUUCUUUGAGUCCAGUAUUCCAUGUCUGAAUGACACCUACAGGUUUUACCUCAACAAGGUCACAGGCCUGGACAAGAAAUACAACAGUGGAGCGCUGCACAUUAGAGACAUUCUCUCCCCGUUAUUUGGGACCUUGAAUGAAUCUGUUCAGUUUAACUACUGCUUUGAUAUUGCCUGGAUGGUUAAGCAGUACCCAUCAGAGUUUAGGGAUCGUCCAGUCCUGAUCGUCCAUGGAGAUAAGAGGGAGGCCAAGGCCCGGCUGGUCCAGCAGGCUCAGCCCUUUCCACAUGUUCGAUUCUGCCAGGCCAAGCUGGACAUUGCUUUUGGAACUCACCACACCAAGAUGAUGUUGCUGUGGUAUGAGGAAGGCUUCAGAGUCAUUAUUCUAACCUCCAACCUCAUCAGAGCUGACUGGUACCAGAAAACACAAGGGAUGUGGAUGAGCCCUCUGUUUCCACGGUUACCAAAGGGCAGCAGUCCUAACGCAGGCGAGUCGCCCACCUUCUUUAAGAGGGACCUGCUGGAAUACCUGGCAUCGUACCGCGCUCCAGAACUCGAGGAGUGGAUCCAACGAAUCGAAGAGCACGACCUGUCAGAGACCAGGGUGUAUUUGGUUGGCUCAACUCCAGGCAGGUAUGUUGGCUCAGACAUGGAGCGCUGGGGCCACCUGAGGCUGAGAAAGCUGUUGUAUGACCACACAGAGCCGAUUCCUGGCGAGGAACGGUGGCCUGUGAUUGGCCAAUUCUCCAGCAUUGGUUCCAUGGGACUGGAUAAGACCAAAUGGUUGGCGGGGGAAUUUCAGCGCACCUUCACCACGCUGGGGAAAUCCUCUCUUCGUCCAGACCCCCCCAUGCACUUGCUGUAUCCAUCAGUAGAAGAUGUGAGGACUAGCUUAGAGGGCUAUCCAGCGGGAGGCUCUCUUCCCUACAGCAUCCAAACAGCUCAGAAACAGCUUUGGCUCCACUCCUACUUUCACCGCUGGAAGGCGAAUACAACAGGAAGAAGUCAUGCCAUGCCACACAUCAAGACAUACAUAAGAGCGUCACCAGAUUUCACUCAGCUUGCCUGGUUCCUCGUCACAAGUGCCAACCUCUCCAAAGCAGCGUGGGGAGCACUGGAGAAGAACAACACUCAGAUGAUGGUCCGUUCGUACGAGCUGGGAGUCCUCUACGUGCCCUCUGCCUUUGGCAUGAAGACCUUCACUGUUAACAGAAAUCCAUUUCCUGCUUCCUCAUCCUCCCCUGGUUUCCCUGUGCCCUUUGACCUUCCCCCUACACGCUACUCUCCUAAAGAUCAGCCUUGGAUCUGGAACAUUCCGUACAGCCAGGCCCCCGACACACACGGCAACAUCUGGGUUCCCUCCUGAAAACACACAGACGCACACACACACACACACACACACACACACACACACACACACACACACACACACACACACACACACACACACACCUCUCUUUAAAACUGCUGUGUUUGUAACUGUCAUCACUAUGUCUAGAUGUUAGUUGUCAGUAACAUUUAUUUUUAUAUUUUUUACUUUGCUGUAGACUCACGUUUUGUACCAAUAAAUAAAAUAAUGUUAGCAUUGUCCAA